AAAAUCACAAACUUCAACAAUCCUAAUAGAACAAGGAUGACUCCAUUCUCGCGGCCGUCGUUCUUACCCGACGAACUCAUCGCCGAGGUGUUAUCCUUUCUUGAUGUGAAAUCUAUUAUGCGAUUCAAAUGUGUUUGCAAGUUUUGGAACACUCUCUUUUCGGAUCCCACCUUCGUGAAAUUGCAUCUCAAGAAGUCAUUAAAACGAAAUACUCACUUCUUACUGAUCACAGAUCAUAAAACAUUUAUUCCAGGUGAGUUACCCUAUGGCAGAGAUGAUGAAACUGAGUGUGAGGUUGGUGUCAUUCCCUACUCCAUCCGCACUUUACUCGACAAUCCGUCUUUCACCAUUUCUGUUGACUCACACUACCUCCUGGAAGACACAAGAGGCUCCAUUACCCCUGAAUUUGCUGGUUCCUGCAAUGGAUUGAUCUGUUUGGUUUAUAGUUCCAUGAUCAUGGAUUACUCUGAGUUCUCGUUACGAUUAUGGAAUCCUGCCACCCGGACGACAUCUCCUAAAUUUGGAUUCGUACGCUUAUUUCGAAAUCCUUCCGCCUUUCCUUCUGCUUUUGAUGGCCAUUACACUUUCACCUUUGGUUAUGAUAAUUCUACCGACACUUAUAAGGCCGUGGCCACGCGUUAUCAUAGACGUAAUCUGAGAAACGAAGUCAAAAUUUUAAGUAUGGGUGAUAAUGUUUGGAGAGACAUUCAAAGUUUUCCUAUUGAUCCUUUGCAUUUGGGAAGUGCUUCAAAAAUUACUGGUGUGUAUUUCAAGAACAAUAUCAAUUGGCUGGGUAUUCAAAAUAAACAAUCGUAUGAUUUGGGAACUGAGACAUAUCAUCUAUACCAUCCGCGUAAUUGGCUGGACAUUAUUAAGGAUAUUACAACAGUUAAGCAAUUUGUUAUUGUUUCACUUGAUUUGGGAACAGAGACGUAUCAUCUAUACCAACUGCCUAAUGCCUUUGAUGAAGUGCCGCCAAGUAAACCAAAUGUUGGUGUGUUGGGGGACUGCCUUUCUUUUUCUUAUUGUUACAGGGAAACUCAUUUUAUUAUAUGGCAGAUGAAGAAAUUUGGGGUUCAAGAUUCUUGGACUCAAUUUCUUAAAAUUAGUUAUCACAAUCUUCAUAUUCGUUACCACUAUAGUGACGAAAAUUUUAAUAUUGUUCCAUUGUUUCUAUCUGAAAACGGUGAAACACUGAUACUUAAUUGCAAUCAGGAGGUAUCCCAAGAUAUUCUCUAUAAUUGGAGAAAUAACACAGUAGUGCGAACAAACAUUACUGCAAGAAAAACAAUUUCGGAUGUUAGAACUGUCGAUAAUGCCUCGUGCGCGCCCCAAAACUAUUUUGAAAGCUUAGUUUCAGUUUUUUGAAAAAUUAGGAUGACCACCAAGAGCUAAUAUAGUGUGGGAAUUAAGAGAGCUUAGAGGAACGCAGAUAAGGCAUUGUCGGAAGAGGAAGAAUUCAGAGGAACGUGGUUUAAAUUAGUUAAGAUUUUUGAAUGAAUUUUGUCUAGGUACUUGGGGACAUGAUUUUUUCAUGUACUUUGUUAUAAACCUCUUUUUUUUACAACUAUGUUGCCAACUUUCAUUUGUUGGCUUUUCAUCUUGGUUUGCAUAUUCACAAGCUUCUGUUAAAGGCUGAGGCAUAUCUUGAGUUUUGAAUGUUUAUUACUUAUUUGUAUUGACUUGUAGGAAUUCUACAUUUUUAGUUAUUAUACAAUGUUUUGUUAGGCCUUUCA